CGCGCCGUCCGAGGGCCGAUUGGAUUGACCUGAGCCUGAGCCUGAAAGUUCCAGGGUGGCCAGGUCGCCGGAGUUGCCCAUCAUAUUAUCUUCCUUUGAAACGUCGACAAAGGAUCACAGGGAUUCCAACUCUGCAAUCCGCCCUUCGCUGCUGCGCCUUUGGGCUUCCCUCGUCUGCCGUCAAUUGAACUGAUCUCCCAUUUCUCUCUGUCAAAUCCGCCAAAAUGGAUUGGAAUAACCUCAAGGACACGGUCGCGAGCAUGACCCUGUACGACGUCAAAGCCGGCGUCAGGAAGGUCCAAAAUGCCGUCAUGAACUACACAGAAAUGGAGGCCAAGGUCCGAGAGGCGACCAACAACGAACCCUGGGGCGCGUCCUCGUCCCUGAUGCAGGAGAUCGCCAACGGCACCUUCAACUACGCGACCCUCAACGAAAUCAUGCCCAUGAUCUACCGCCGUUUCACAGAAAAGUCCGCCGAGGAGUGGCGGCAAAUCUACAAGGCCCUCCAGCUCCUCGAGUUCCUCAUUAAGCACGGCUCCGAACGCGUAAUCGAUGAUGCCCGCGGCCACAUCACAUUGUUGAAGAUGCUGCGCCAGUUCCAUUUCAUCGACCAGAACGGCAAGGACCAGGGCAUUAACGUCCGCAACCGCGCCAAGGAACUGGCUGAGCUUCUCAGCGAUGUCGAGCGCAUUCGGACGGAGCGCAAGAAGGCGCGAGCCACCAAGAACAAGUAUACCGGUGUCGAGGGCGGCAUGAGUCUCGGAGGCGGCUUCUCUGGCGGCAGCGGCAGCGGCAGCCGUUAUGGCGGGUUCGGAAGCGAGUCGGGUGGUUAUGGAGGCUACUCUGGUGGUGUCUAUGGCGACGGCGGCGGAUUCGGUGGGCAGGAGAGCAACGACUACGGUCGAACGCAGGCACACACCGACAAGUUUGAGGAAUACGACGAGUUCGACGAUGAACGCCCGGCUGCCAGCUCCUCGGCCUCUCGGUCCAAGAGACCCGAGCGAGCGGCAGCCCCCAAGGCCGAACCGCCCAAGAAGAAGGAGCCCGAAGUGGACCUCUUCUCCUUCGACGACCCGGCGCCCACUUCCGUUCCCGCCCCUGCCUUCGCGCCGACCUCUUCCAGCGGCUCCGGCCUGGGGUCUCUGUCGGCCCCGUCUGCCGCCAACGACGACGACGAGUUUGACGACUUCCAGUCCGCCGCCCCCGUUCCAGGUCCCGCUGCUGCCGCCCCUCUCUCCCCUCCUGUCAUGACGGCCAACUCUGCGACGACCUUCGCCGCUCCCCAGCCCGUGUCGGCACCCCAGCAGGCCAACAUAGGCAACAUGGUCAGCAUGUCCUCCAUGUCUCCCGCUCCGAGCGCCAACUACUCGGCCUUCAGCACGCCUGCUAUUGCCUCUCCCGCGGCACAGGUGAAGCCCAGCGGCUACCAGCCUUCAGGGCCCAACUACUUUGGUUCCGUUCAGACUGCGAUCCCCCAGUCUACGGGCGGCUCCUUCGCAUCUACCCCUAGCGCGGCUGCGCCAAAGGCGGCUUCUGCUAAGCCCGGUGCUGCCGGCGGCGACGCUUUCGGCGCUCUAUGGUCGCAGGCCAGCACCGGCGUGAAGAAGACGAGCACGCCGACCGCCGGCCCAGCCCUGGGCCAGCUCGCCAAGGAGAAGAGCAGCGCCGGCAUCUGGGGUGCUCCCGCUCCCGCGUCAUCGGCAUCAAAGCCCGCGGGCGGCGCAUCCUCGUCCGGCGGCAACCACGGCCUGGACGAUCUGCUUGGCUGAACCGAUGCCAUGACAACGAGAUGGAGACAACAUUCUGGAGAGACGGGGGAGUUUUCGCCCUGCCAUCACCACCGGCUAUAUAGUGAGAAGCAAAGGACUGGCUGCCGCGUGAAGGUAGGAAUAAGGGGAUGCGUGUGCUGAUAGGCUGCUAUCCAAGGCGUAUCGGCAGGCAAAAAGAAGACUGCAACACAUGAUCAUAUACUGAAAUUUUCAAGCGAAUCACAUUUCUAAAGUUUUGCC